CAAUGACAAUUGACAAUUGUAAACUGAAAACUGUUAAGUGAAGUUUAUGUGAAACCGGAAACAUAACAGUAAAUAAUUUUAUUUCAGCUGUGUUUUAAAGUAAUAUGUUAAUUAGACAAUAUUUGUUUAAAUUUUUCGUUUAGUCAUUUGAUUUUUAUUAUUUUUAACAUAUAAAUAUGCCGAAAAAUAAGAAAAAAGCAGAAAGUUCCAGCAGCGAUAGCGAUGAUGGGCCGGUUGACAAAAACCAACCCCCAGAGAAGAAGGCAAAGAUGGGUUCAAGAACAGAUGACAAGGAACCAACUUGGGUCUUACAAGGAAAGAAAUUGGUAAAAAUUCGGGAAUUUAAGGGAAAAGUUUACAUAGAUAUAAGAGAAUUUUAUGAAAAGAAUGGGGAAUUAUUACCAGGAAAAAAAGGAAUUAGCAUGACUCCUGACAUGUGGCGGAAACUUUUGUCAUUAUCAGAUGAAAUUAAUGAAACUAUUAGUUCGAUGUGUUAAGAGGGAACCAUUCAAUUAAUGUUAAAAAUAAAAUGAUUAAUAUUU